AUGCUGCUGCUACUCCUUGCAACUUCAGCAUUCCUCCAGCUGACUGAGGGCGUGGACAUCACUCAGGAGUGGACCAAGUACUAUUCGGCUACCGGGGCCGAGGUUCUGCUACGCUCCAUGGUUCCCUACGACCACGAUGAAAGCUACUUCGUGUGCGGGUACGGCGCAGGCUCCUUCGUUGAUAAUUCUACGCAAGUCGGAAUGAUUGAUGCAAUCCUCGCCAAACUUGAUGCAUCCGGAAACCUUCUCUGGAGCCAUCAAUUUGGCACGACCGACGACGACUAUGCGGAGAGUGUGGCAGUGAGGCACAACCGUAUCUACGUCGUGGGAAACACCCGCGGCGUCAUGCCAGGGCAAGAGAAUGCUGGUUGGGCCGACGGUUUCAUAAAGGCUUUUGACAUCUCGGGCAAUGAGGCGUGGACUAUUCAGUUCGGAUCCAACCAGGAUGAUUAUCCACGAGUUGUGAAGACAAGCCACGUCGGUCAUGUGGUGGUGGCCGGCUACACCUACGGAGGGCUUUACAGCAGAGUCACUGCUGGAGCUGGCGACAUGUUCGUCGUCAUGUACGCCUCGAACGGAAACCGGAUCUGGCGUGCACAGAGAGGAAGUAGUGGAAACGAAUUCGCCUGGGCCAUGGAUCUUGACACCAGCCAGGAUGUGUAUAUUGCUGGGGACACCACCGGUAAUCUGGACGGUCAGACAUUGGUUGGAAGCGAGGAUAUGUUCCUGAUGAAGUUCCGUGGUAAUGACGGCACGUGGCUGUGGACCAUUACAAAAGGAGGCACUGCCAGUGAUCGUGGUCGGGCUUUGUGGGUGUCCAGCCAGAUUUUCCUCCUGGUUGACACCAAAAGCACGCUCUAUGGCUCGGAGGUCUCCAACUCGACCUGGGAUGUUGCCCUCAUCAAGUACGAUCUCGAUGGAAAUGAGAUCUCCGGGGCGCAGGUGGGCAGUGCCAGCGAGAUCUAUGGGUACGACCUAAAGCCAGGAUUUGCGGGAGGUUGGUUCGCAGCAGCACGCUUGAAUCCCACUUCCGAAUCGGUUCCGACACACUUUGCAGUGCUCAAGUUCGAUGAAAGCUUAGCACAUGAGUAUACCUUCUCGGCCGGAUGCACUGAUGGAACGUCUCUCGGAUGGGUGGUGGAGCCUCAUUGGAACUACCCUCUCAUGGCCGCUGGCUAUACGAAUUGUGCCCUUGCACCCGGUUCGGAUGGGCCUACCGAUGGCAACUACGACAUGUUUCUGACGAAGUUCGUGCCAGGCUCACCCACCACAAGCACCACCACGGCGGCAGGAGAUUCUAGCACCAGCACGGGGGACGGAACCACGGUCUCUUCAGACAAUACGGAUGGUUCGCAGGCGCCAGGCAAUGCCACAAGCACUCUGCCUGAUGGCAUCUCAACCGAUUCCUCAAUUUCGGCUUUUGCGGGCGGCGUAGUUCUUUUUCUCUUGGCGUCGCAGGUGUGA